AUGAACGUGUCAUCCACUAAUGUAACUGUGGUUGUGAACUAUCGGGACUCCUACACCAAAGCUGUGACCAAGAAUGUAAUCGUUGUGGCUAUCGGCAUCUCCAUCAAUUUCAUCAAUGCAAGCCUCAUUCACACCUUCCGUAAACACCAGGUCUUCAACAUGAACCCUCGCUAUAUCCUGUUCAUCCACCUGGUGGUCAAUGAUAUGAUCCAGCUGAUGCUAACAGUCUUCCUUUUCAUCCUCAGUUACACCAUGUACACACUCCAUGUGUCCCUCUGUUGCACCAUUGUCCUAAUCACACUUUUCACCACCGAAAACACCCCAUUGAAUCUGGCUUGCAUGGCAGUAGAGUGCUACAUUGCCAUCUGUCUCCCCCUCCACUGCACCCAGAUCUGUACGGUCAAAAGAACAUACCUGCUUAUCGUUUUGAUCUGGGUGACUUCCAUGACCUCUGUACUGCCUGAUCUCUUCAUCACCCUGGCUAUUGAACCCCAGGAGUUUUUUCACUCCAAGGUCUUCUGUCUACGGCACAAUGUGUUUCCUAGUCCCCAUCUCACCAAGAAGAAGAAUGCCUGCUAUGUCGUGUUUCUGGUCAUAGUUUGGUUCAUCCUAUUCUAUACAUAUUUCAGGAUCCUAUUCACUGCCAAGGCAGCUAAAAAGGAUGCUAAAAAGGCCAGGAAUACUAUCCUUCUCCACGGAUUUCAAAUGCUGUUGUGUAUGACUAUAUAUGUAGGCCCCAUGUUCACACCAGUUUUGAAGAAAUGGUCACCAGAAAACUAUGUGGACUCCCUCUUUGCUUGCUACAUCAUUAUACAGAUUCUACCAAGAUCCAUUAGUCCGAUUAUCUAUGGCUUACGUGACAAGAAGCUCAGGAGUUAUCUGAGGAGGUAUCUGACAUGUAAAGUAACCAUAACCAUUCAUCCACAAACCAUAUUUAAGAGACCUUUAUAA